AGGGUCAGAGGUGUUUGGAAGAUGCCGCCGAUGAAGAAGUCCAAGAAGGGGAAGCGGAAGUCCAAGGAGUCCGGCAAGCUCAAGGUCGCCAAGUCCCGGGGCGCGCCGCCGCCGCUCCCGCCGGAGCUCCGUGGCCUCGACACCGAGUGGUGGUACGCCUUCCUCCACAAGCACGCCGAGUCAGGUCAUGGCGCACCUUCAGAUGAGGGGGAAGCAUUCAGGUACUUCUUCAGGACUUCGAGGCGGACCUUCGACUACAUCUGCUCCAUAGUGAGGGAAGAUUUGAUCUCGAGGCCGCCAUCUGGGCUGAUCAACAUUGAGGGGAGGCUGCUUAGUGUGGAGAAGCAAGUGGCAAUCGCCAUGAGGAGGCUGGCAUCUGGUGAUUCGCAGGUGUCGGUGGGAGCGGCUUUCGGUGUGGGGCAGUCUACUGUUUCGCAGGUGACGUGGAGGUUCAUCGAGUCUAUGGAAGAAAGGGCCCGGCAUCAUCUGGUGUGGCCGGACCAAGAGAGAAUUGAGGAGGUCAAAGCUACGUUGGAGGCUGUUUACGGUCUGCCGAAUUGUUGUGGCGCUGUUGAUGCCACCCACAUAAUCAUGACGCUUCCUGCUGUGGAGUCAUCUGAAGAUUGGUGCGAUCCCGCGAAGAACUACAGUAUGUUCCUGCAAGGGAUUGUUGAUGAUGAGAUGAGGUUUAUUGAUAUUGUUACUGGUUGGCCUGGCAGCAUGACGUUUUCACGCCUGUUAAAAUGCUCUGGGUUUUACAAGCUCUGUGAAGCUGGGAAACGUUUGAAUGGUCCUGUCAAAGUUUCAGCAGAGAAUGCCGAGAUCAGGGAAUUCAUUGCUGCUGAUUCGUGUUAUCCUCUACUUCCAUGGAUUAUGACACCAUAUGAAGGGAAGAAUUUGUCUGGCCCAAUGCUCAACUUUAAUGCUCGGCAAAAUGCUGCACGGAUGCUUGGAACAAAAGCGUUGGCUCGGCUGAAGGGAUCCUGGAGGAUCUUACACAAAGUAAUGUGGAGGCCUGAUAAGAAUAAGUUGCCAAGUAUAAUUCUUGUUUGCUGUUUGCUUCACAAUAUACUCAUAGACUGCAAAGAUGAACUGCUUUCUAGUGUUCAACUUCCAGAAAAUCAUGAUACUGGUUAUUGUAAAGAGAAUUGCGAGCAGGUGGAUCCUAAUGGCAAACUGAUGAGAGAAAUCAUUACAGCACAUCUCCAAAGUUCUGAAGCUUCCAACUGAACUGAACUAAGUUGAUUGGCAGUAUUGCUGGGGCUGUGAUGAUGCAUCUUUGACUUUUUGUUCCUAUGUUAUUUUGUUUAGUUACCCUUAUUGUAGUCAGACUUGCUGGACACAAUUCAGUGAAGAUUCUCCAGAAAUUGCAUGAUUCAUUACCUUAGGAUUUAGCUAGUUGGAAAAGCACAAGAACUACCCUCAUGUUUGAAUUUAUGUUCUUCAUGAUGCUGACAUUCCCCAUCUUUUUGAGUGGCAUGAUCUUUGCAUAAUAUAACAGAAUUCAUGGUAGUUAACUAUCCAGGCACUAGUCAUCUGACUGAUAUGAUGAAUAUUAACCUAUAUGUGACAUGCUCUGGAGAGAACUAAUUGUGAAUGAUGUGGUGUCUUAUUUUAGUUUAAUUUAAUUACAAGGUCACAGUUUCUACUAUUAGACUUUUUGUUACUAGGGAUGGCCUGAACUUGAUUGAAUGAAUUUCACACCCAGAUAAGUAUGCGAUAAGAUGGUACAGAAUUUUACAGUGCUUCAGAGGUAGCAUGAGUUAUGUAACCUGAUAAAUAAUUGAGAGGCUGGUCUAGAAAAGAUUGCAUGAUCUUGAUUUAGUUACCAGAGAUAUGGAUGGGAGAAAUUAAGUUUUUGUUUAGUUUCUUGAUAAGCCUGAUAAGCAAGUGGAAAAUAGAAAUAUCUGGAUUGCCAGAAUUUGCCCAAUUCAUAGUUUUUGACGGUAUGAUGGAAUCUGUUAAAGUUUAAUGUUAAGAAUUCAUGAUCUUACGGUCUUCUUGAUCAUAAUCUGUAAUUUCUGUUUAUAGCUAAAGUUGAAUCUUCUUUAACGUAAGUAGCUGUAUGCAUGUAAUGGUUCAAGCGACGCUUAUAAGUUUCCCCUUUAAAUUUGCUGCAUCAAACUAGUAUGAGCCCCUCUGCGAAGUAGCUUAUCAUGUAUUUCCUGGUAAAUCAUAAAUGACAUUACCAUAGUAAGGUUCGGAACUGUUUUAUCCUCUUUUGCUCUUUAAAUCCUUUGUGCGGAAAGAACAUUUCAUGGGAAAUUUUGCUCGAACAGAACAAGCCAAUAUCCAGUGAAUUGAAUUUUUUAUGUAUUUCUUUGAACCGAUUUUUUUUAUAAUUUUAUUGCUCUCUAAUUGCGAGUUUUGAAAGAAAAAGCCCAAUAUGCACAACUAAUAUUGCAUUGAACAGCCUUGCAUUAAAAAAAUUCCAUCAAACUGUUCUCUCCCAACUCAUCGUCGAUCUCUUGCAAACAAACUCUAAUUGCAGAUAAAAGCAUCUCAACUAUGGCUACCGGCACAAAUGGAAACUUUUGGUGCAUAGGAACAAAGAAACAAUGAAUGGGGGUAACUAUGGAGGGACAGGCAGCAGAUGGAAAUGAAGAAAAGUUUGGCCAGCUUCCAAGCUCCUUUGUUCUUAUUCUGCAUCAGGGCAGGAUCAAAUCCUGCAUUACAGUAUCAAACAAGUUAUUAUAAAGUUUUUACUCCUGUACCUGCUCUCUGGUCCAAAGAAGUAUCAGAAAUUAGAAGCAUUGUUAUUCUGUUGACUGCUGAUUCCCGACAAAAUAAAUGGAGGGAAGUGAGUCCAUUCCACAAUAUGUACUCACAGUUUUGCCUGGACUUUUCCGAUUUUUAGUGAUAAUAGUCAUUGCAAGCACAUAGGAGGUUGGUAGCCUUUUCCCAUCAGUGGUUACUCCCAUUGUAUCCCUUGUCUGCAGGCCUACCUGGUCUAACACAACAGAACAAGAACAUUGCUCCACUAACAGAGAUUUCCUAGGGACCAAAUGCAAACCACCAAUAACCUCAAUGACUAGCCAUUAGGCAAUCCAAUUUGUCAAAGCUUCAGUAUCUGUUAGAGUUCUAACUCUGAACCCUUCCAAAUUAACCAGUGAUGAUCUUAUCCAUCUGCUUUUAUUUGGUCGAAUCUUUACAUGUCUGGAACUAACUGGGAAGGUGCAUUUGUACUUCUCCAAAAGAAAACUGCAUCUGUUAGUGGAAUUGUAUGAGGACUUUAGAAGCUGAUUCGCACCUGACUGUUUAUAUCCACAUACUUUUGUACAUGUGCAUUUUUUUGGUAGAAUUAUAGAAGCCCACAAUUAGUUUUUUUUAUGGUAUGUCAUCCAGUUGUUGAUCUCAAAAGAGGAAUAGCUUUAGUUAAUUUGGAAAUUUCAGACUGCUACAAUGCUUUACUUUGAAUUUCUUUUUUGGUGUGUUUGUGUUUGAGUUUUGGGUUAAAACAUACUCUGUUUCGUUUUCUCGUACAGAAACACGUUCUGUUUCUUUAGUAUCUUGAAGUAUGUACUGAUAACUGUGUAUUUUUAUUAUAUCCACUGAGAGAUUAGCAAAUUGACUCAUCAUGCCCUCUUUUAUUUAGGGCAAUAAAAUGCUGAUAUGAUCUCUCCACAAUUCACAUUACGAGCUGGUGCGUCUGCAGCUGCUUCAGCUGCUUCCUCUUCUGUCGCCACUGGCUCGCUGGACGGUGUUGGUGCUGUUGUUGCCAGUUGACCUGAGACACCUGAAAUCGGACAGCCACACAAUCAGACUCCAGGUAGCUCCAUUGCCCUCGUCUGGUUGAUGGAGAUGCCGAAGGACGUGGCGCUGCCAUCCAGGACCAUGCAUAGGCACCGGGGGUCAGACUGGAUGAUGUCGGUGAGCAAGGAGCAGCAGGAGAUCCCCGGGACCGGGGACUUGCUCGAGAUGAAGUCCAGGCAUGGGGAGAGGGUCAUCAUCACGCUCGAGCAGCCGUUGCUCUGCGCCGCUGCCUGGGUGGAAGCCAGCAGCGUCACCACCAGACCGAUCAUCAUGGUGGUGGUCUCCAUCCUCCGUGCAGCCAUUCUCAAGCUGCCGACGGUUCACUGAACAAUGCUAGCGAACCACGAAGCUAUGUUGAAAAGUUUGAUGGCUCGGUAGAAAGUGGUUUCUUUGGACGGUGGAGGAGACCAAUGCUAUGGUGAUGCUGCGGGAUUGUUGGAAUCCUACUAUACCGGGAGGCUGCCAUGUUCUCCAGUCCUGACCACACAGAUGUUUGGCGAUGGUGGUGAAUCCAGAUGGCCUUUGCUUGCAGCAUCCUAUUUACGGCAAGGGCUCCAUGCUCCAAGCUGGGCACAAGUACUAGCCAUUCUUCCUUGAUUCUUUCCUGGGUCUGGGUUAUCAAAAUUUUCAUGGUAUUUGUAAAAUGCUGAGAACAAUGAAAGCAUGUGCCAGACAACUUCUUGUUCUAAAUACUCUUCUUAACACCUUUGCUCACUCCACUGGACUUGUAAGUCUCGUAUGUACCUAAUAAAUGUAAGUGCAGAAAAAAUAGACCUUCUCUCUAGAACUUUUUAGUUGCAAGAGGGACUAAUACCUUUUACCUAUCUUGGCCUCCCCCUUGGACUCACAAAAUCAAAAAAUUGAGAACUUUAUUC